AGGAAAAAUUAAAUAAGGAAGACCAUAUCAUGGCAGAGAAGACUCAAAAGAGUGUCAAGAUUGCUCCUGGAGCAGUUGUAUGUGUAGAAAGUGAAAUCAGAGAAGAUAUAAUUAUUGGACCCAGGACAGUGAUCCACCCUAAAGCACGAAUUAUUGCGGAAGCCAGGACAAUAGUGAUUGGUGAAAGUAACCUAACAGAAGAACAGGCCCUUAUCAUAAACGCUCACCCAGAUAAUAUGACUCCUGACACCGAAGAUGCAGAACCCAAACCUAUGAUCACUGGCACCAAUAAUGUGUUUGAAGUUGGCUGUUAUUCCCAAGCCAUGAAAAUGGGACAUAAUAAUGUCAUUGAAUCAAAAGCAUAUGUAGGCAGAAAUGUAAUAUUGACUAGUGGUUGCAUCACUGGGGCUUGUUGCAACUUAACUACUUUUGAAGUCAUCCCAGAGAACACGGUGAUCUAUGGUGCAGACUGCCUUUGCUGGGCACAGACUUAAGGACCACAGCCCCAGACACUACAGCUGCAUUUCUUGAUGAAAAUCUUGCCAAAUUACCACCAUCCAAAGACUAUGAAAGGAAGCUCAACUCUAUUUAAGAACUGAGAACAACGUAUGAUGUCAAGAUAACAUUUCAUUUUUGACCACCAUCUUUUGAAAGGGCCACAGUAGUGUUGGUGUA